GCCUGAACAUCUCCCACCAUGGUCGUCCUCAACAAGGCUGCAGCCCUUCUUCUGGGUCUGACCACCGCCGCCACCGCGGCUCCCCUGGCCGAGACGCAGGCUUCUGUCCCCGUCAAGAACUUCUCCGUCAAGCAGGUCGAGAAGGAGGGCAGCAAGGGACGUACCGUCAACCUGCCGGGUCUGUAUGCCAACGCGCUGGCCAAGUACGGCGCCCAGGUGCCGGCCAGCGUCAAGGCCGCCGCCGUCAGUGGCAGCGUCGUGACCACCCCCCAGGCCAACGACGUCUCCUACCUGACCCCCGUCACCGUGGGCAGCUCGACCUUGAACCUGGACUUCGACACCGGAUCCGCCGACCUCUGGGUGUUUUCCUCGGAGCUGGCCGCCUCGUCGCGCACCGGCCACAGCAUCUACACCCCCGGCAGCACCGCCCAGAAGCUGUCCGGCUACAGCUGGAGCAUCUCCUACGGCGACGGCAGCUCCGCCAGCGGCGACGUCUACAAGGACAAGGUCACCGUCGGCACGGUGACGGCCAGCAGCCAGGCCGUCGAGGCCGCCAGCCGCAUCAGCUCCGAGUUCGUCCAGGACACCGACACCGACGGUCUGUUGGGUCUGGCCUUCAGCUCGAUCAACACGGUCUCCCCCCGGGCCCAGACCACCUUCUUCGACACCGUCAAGUCCAGCCUGGACAGCCCCCUCUUCGCCGUCGACCUGAAGUACCACGCCGCCGGCACCUACGACUUCGGCUUCAUCGACUCCUCCAAGUACACCGGCUCGCUGACCUACGCCAACGUCGACGACUCCCAGGGCUUCUGGCAGUUCACCGCCAGCGGCUACAGCGUGGGCUCGGCGUCCCACUCCUCUUCGUUCUCUGCUAUUGCUGACACCGGCACCACCCUCAUCCUCCUCGACGACUCCAUCGUCUCCACCUACUACAGCAGCGUGCGCGGCGCCUCCUACAGCUACAACUACGGCGGCUACGUCUUCGCCUGCUCCACCUCCCUGCCCGAUUUCAGCGUCAAGAUCGGCUCCUACACCGCCGUCGUCCCCGGCAAGUACAUCAACUACGCCCCCAUCACCACCGGCAGCUCCACCUGCUACGGUGGCAUCCAGUCCAACGAGGGUCUCGGUCUGUCCAUCCUGGGUGACGUCUUCCUCAAGAGCCAGUACGUCGUCUUCGACUCGCAGGGCCCGAGAAUCGGGUUCGCAGCGCAGGCUUAGAUCUGAUUCUGAGGGAUGUGUGGAUGUGAGUGAUGCUUGGUGAGGCUGG